GGAUGAGCGGGUGAACUGAGAGAAGAAUGUAUGGAAUAAACCAGCGCUGUAUUUACAUAUCGUUUCAUUUUUUCGUGCUCUGGUGCCACGCACAGGGGGAGAAUCACCCGUCUCCUAAUUUUAACCAGUAUGUGAGGAGCCAAGGCGCAGUGACGGACCAGCUGAGCCGCAGACAGGUCCGGGUCUACCAGCUCUACAGCCGAACCAGCGGCAAACACGUGCAGAUCCACGGCAAGAGGGUCACCGCCACCGCAGAGGACGGCAACAUGUACGCUCGACUCUUCGUAGAAACAGACACUUUUGGGAGUCGCGUGCGGAUACGAGGGGCAGAAAGCGGCCGCUAUCUCUGCAUGAACCGGAAAGGAAAGCUCGUUGGAAAGCCCAAAGGCCGGAGCAGGGACUGCAUCUUCACUGAGAUCGUUCUGGAGAACAACUACACUGCUUUCCAAAACGCCAAAUACGAAGGCUGGUACGUGGCCUUCACCCGAAAAGGACGGCCAAUCAAGGCAUCCCGGACCAGGCAGAACCAAAGAGAGGUCCAUUUUAUCAAGAGACUCCACACAGGACCACCCCCCUUCCCCAACACUGAUCACAAUAAACAUUUUGAGUUCAUACGGUUCCCAACAACACGCCGAGCCAAAAGGAAUCGCAAAUCUCGAGUCACUUCUUCAUCUUAA